AUGGACGUCCUUGGCGUGGCAGACUGGUGCGGUAGUGAGGACCAAGACCCACGCGUCUGGCUCGCUCCCACGCAGGCUUCUGGCACCUGCGAGGCACGCGACUCUCCUGCGGACUACACGGACCACUCGCCCUGCUCCAGCGCGGGAUCUUUCCACGAGAGCGACUCCUCGGGUCACCUCAGCCCUCCGAGCUACAGGAAAGCGCCCGCCAGUCCGUCCCGCUCCUCCGCGCUCAAAGUCCGGGACCUGUGCCGCCUGCAGGGCAUCGUGGUCAGCGGGGCCGAGGAGGAGGAUGCGCCGCAGCGCGCCCCCUCGGGCAAGCCCGGCAACGGCGUGCAGAGGCAGAGACGCGUGGCCGCCAACGCCCGGGAGAGGCGACGCAUGCACGGCUUGAACCACGCCUUCGACGCGCUCCGCAGCGUCAUCCCGGCCCUGGACGACGACAAGAAACUGUCCAAGUACGACACCCUGCAGAUGGCGCAGAUUUACAUCAACGCGCUGGCGGAGCUCCUGCAGGGCCCCGCGUCGCCCCGCAAGGGUGAGGGGACUCACCCGGGGCCAGAGGGCCACCUGGCCGCGCACAUUGACGCCAUAUCUCUGGGAGCGGAUGUCUCCUCCUCCUCCUCGCCCUCGUCGUCCUCCAGCACCCCGGCCCCGCGGUUGGAGUCGCCCCGCAGCGACGGAGAGUUUUCCCCGCACUCCCACUUCAGUGACUCGGACGAGAUGCUGGUGGAGCUCCAGUCCAGUGAGGAGGACGAGCUCGCUGAGCUGAACUUGCCCACUCAGCACAUUAUGUCUUUCUAA